GGAAAUUUGUUAAAUACGACGGUAAAAAUAAAUAAAUGCGAAGAAAUACAGAUGGCAGCUAAUUAUGGUGUCCACGUCAUCCAUCUCGGAGGUAUCAGCCAUGGCAGAAGCACGGAAAACUGAAACUACUAACAAACACAGGAAAACGAAGCCGUCUGCCGGGAAAACCACUGCAUAUCGACGCAACACACGAAGGGGAAAGGGGAUUACCAGCUGAAACGUUCGAGCUUCAACACAAAGGAACUGACAAUAAACGGAGUCAAUCGUUGGCAGUUUUCGUUUUAUACGAAUGAAUUUCGGGCUGGAAUUGGGAGGAUUAGUCGGCAGAUGAUAUGGCGUUGCUGCGCAAAUUGUUCUUCCGGAAGCCGCCCGAUGGCCUUCUCGAGAUCUGUGAAAGAGUUUACGUUUUUGAUUGCUGUUUUACCACAGAUUCGUGGAAGGAGAAGAAUUAUGAAGCUUACUUAUGUGGAAUAGUUGCUCAACUCAGAGAGCAUUUAGCAGAUGCAUCGUUCUUGGUAUUCAAUUUUAGGAGAUUAGAGAUGCAAAGUCAGAUGGGUGAUAUCUUAUCGAAGUAUGAUAUGACCAUAAUGGACUACCCUCAGCAGUACGAGGGUUGUCCAGUUCUGACAAUGGAAGUGCUUCACCAUUUUCUAAGAUCAUGUGAGAGUUGGCUUUCCCUUGGACAAAAUAACGUUUUGCUAAUGCACUGUGAGCGUGGUGGUUGGCCAGUUUUAGCUUUCAUGCUUUCGGCUCUCUUGAUUUUUAGGAAACAAUAUAGUGGGGAGCAAAGAACAUUGGACAUGGUUUACAGGCAGGCACCGCGUGAGCUUUUACAUGUUUUGUCUCCUAUGAAUCCAGUUCCUUCUCAAUUAAGAUAUCUUCAAUACAUUGCAAGGAGGAAUGUAGCCUUAGAAUGGCCACCUAUGGACAGAGCUCUCACUUUGGAUUGUAUCAUUUUGAGAUUUAUUCCAAAUGUUGAUGGAGAGGGUGGUUGCCGUCCAAUAUUUCGAAUAUAUGGACAAGAUCCUCUGCUCGUCAGUGAUCGAGCUCCUAAAGUUCUGUAUUCAACUCCAAAAAGAAGUAAAAAUGUCCGUUCUUACAAACAGGUAGAAUCAGAACUGGUUAAGAUUGAUAUUAAUUGCCAUAUUCAAGGAGAUGUCGUUCUUGAGUGCAUCAGCUUGCAUGACGACAUGGAAUCUGAAGAGAUGAUGUUCAGAGCAAUGUUUAAUACUGCUUUUAUUCGCUCUAAUAUCUUAAUUGUCAACCGUGAAGAGAUCGACACUUUAUGGAACGCUAAAGAUAAAUUUCCAAAGGAGUUUCGAGCAGAGAUUCUUUUCUCUGAGAUGGAUGCUGGAACUUCUACUGUUCCAAAUGAUAUACUUUGCAUUGAGGAGGAUGGUCUCCCCAUUGAAGCAUUUGCUAAAGUACAAGAGAUCUUUAGUCAUGUGGAUUGGUUAGAUCCCAAAGCAGAUGUUGCCCUUAAUAUGCUUCAUCAGAUGAAUGCCUUAAACAUAGCCCAAGAAAAGACAGACAAUAAUUCUCUUUGGAGUACACAAUUUAGUUCUUUACUUCAGUGUACAAGUCCCAGAAAACUUCCGCAGAAGUUCACAUUGGAGAACAAACUUUUCCUAGAGAAGGAAGAGUCUGUUCCAACAUCUAAGUUUUCUCCGGAUGCUGCUAAAACUGAACAGAACAAUGAACCUGAUUCAGUAUUCCAACAGGUGCCUCGAUCUUCAGGGUCUUUCCCACUUAACUAUGACAUUUUGCAAGAUUCGCGGAAUUCAGAGAGAAGCAAUAGGACCUCACACAGUGCUUCGGUUGGAAGCCACUCAUUUCUUGAUUCUGAAGGAGAAACAGAGGUUUCUCAUCUGAAAACUGCAUCUUCAUCUUUUCUGAAUGCAGCAUUGGCUGUUUCUCUUGCGCCUGAAUCUCUUCGCACUAAAAGUUUCCUUACAGGGACAACCAUGCCACCACCUCCUCCUCUCCCCCAACUUUCCAUGGAUAUUUCUGUUGCUAAUUCUGUAGCUUAUCCUCCCCCUCCAACUGCAUCAGCACUUCCGUCUAAUAAUUUAUCAACUCUAGGACCAGAUAAAUCUUCUCUCACCGAGGAAAGAAAAAUCUAUUCAAAGGAUCAAAGUCAGUUAUCAACCAUUGGCCCUCCCCUGUCUGUAACCUCAGCAAUUGCAUCCUUAGUGCCUCAACCACCACCUCCUCUUUGUACAUCCACUGUAAAUCAUACAAUUUCAUCUCCAGUUCCUUUGCCACCACCACCUCCGCCUCCACCUCUUCCUAUGACGUCUAAACAGGAUGAAAGUACUUCAACAUCUCCAUUUGUUCCUCCUCCACCACCACCACCUCUUCUUAUGACAUCCAUGCAGUUUGGAAGUACUUCAACAUCUUCUUCUGUUCCACCUCCGCCCCCACCUCUUCCGUUUAGACCGGUUGAAUAUACUUCAACAUCUUCUUCUGUUCCACCUCCGCCCCCACCUCUUCCGUUUAGACCGGUUGAAUAUACUUCAACAUCUCCAUCUGUUCCCCCUCCUCCACCACCGCCAACUUCCACCACAGGCUCCUCUUCAGCUGUUCCUUCUGCUCCCCCUCCUCCUACCCUUUCUGGGAGAGGGACUUCAAAAUCUGGUGAACUAUGUUCUGAUUCUCUUCUCGAAAAUGGUUUGUCUAGGUGUCCUCCGCCACCAAAUAGUUAUCCAUUAGGUAUAAAGGGACGGAGUUUGUCACGCACUAUAAAUUCAAGAUCACAUAUAACCAAGAAACUUAAGCCAUUGCAUUGGUUAAAGUUAUCUAAAGCAGUGCAAGGAAGCUUAUGGGCUGAAACUCAAAAAACUGGUGAAGUUUCCAGGGCACCAGAGAUUGACAUGUCAGAGCUUGAAAGUCUUUUCUCAGCGGCAGUUCCUGCUCCUGAUCUGCUCAAGAAGUCAGGUGGGCCUGGUUCAGUCGGGAAUAAACCUGAGAAAGUACAACUGAUUGAUCAUAGGCGAGCUUACAAUUGUGAAAUCAUGCUUUCAAAGGUUAAGGUGCCUUUGCAAGAUUUAAUGAGUUCUGUGCUUGACCUUGAAGAUGCAGCGCUGGAUAUCGAUCAGGUUGAGAAUCUUAUUAAGUUUUGUCCGACAAAGGAGGAAAUGGAUUUACUCAAGGGCUACACCGGAGAAAAGGAGAAGCUUGGAAAAUGUGAACAGUUCUUCUUAGAGUUGAUGCAAGUACCUCGUGUUGAAUGUAAACUUCGAGUUUUCUCAUUCAAGAUGCAGUUCAGCUGUCAGGUCACUGACCUCAAAAAAAGCUUGAACUUUGUUAACUCUGCUGCAGAAGAGAUAAAAAGUUCAGUGAAGUUGAAGAGAGUCAUGCAAACAAUACUAUCUCUAGGAAAUGCUUUAAACCAGGGAACAGCGAGGGGCUCUGCUAUAGGAUUUAGGCUGGAUAGCCUUCUUAAACUGACAGAAACGCGUGCACGAAACAACAAGAUGACUCUAAUGCAUUAUCUUUGCAAGAUACUUGCUGACAAACUGCCAGAAGUUUUGGAUUUUUCUAAUGAUCUUGCAAGCUUGGAGCCUGCAUCAAAGGUACAAUUGAAGAUUUUGGCAGAGGAGAUGCAAGCAAUUAGCAAAGGGUUGGAGAAAAUAGUUCAAGAAUUGUCUACAUCUGAAAAUGAUGGCCCUAUAUCCAAUAAUUUCCGAAUGGUUUUAAAGGAGUUCCUCCGUUUUGCUGAAGCUGAAGUCAGAACUCUGGCUUCACUAUACUCUAGCGUGGGUAGAAAUGUAGAUUCUUUGAUUCUUUAUUUUGGAGAAGAUCCAGCUCGCUGCCCCUUUGAACAAGUUAUGUCAACCUUAUGCAACUUUGUGAGUAUGUUUAACCGAGCGCACGAGGAAAACUGCAAGCAGAUAGAGCUUGAAUUGAAGAAAGCAACUGAAAAGGAAAAAUCAAAGACGGGGCACGUGCACAAAAAGACGAGGACGAAGAAGUUAUCACGCUCCCAGGUCGAGAUUGGCAAUGUCAAGUAAGUUAGCAUGUCAAGUUCCUUCAAGUAAGCCCUCUUGAUCUACAGACAUCCAACACAAGCAAUUAGUUUCAGUGGGAAGUGUACCACUCCUUCAUGAGCCUUUUGAGCUUUAACAUUGCUAGAUGAUAUCGUUAUUUGCACUGCAGCAACCCAGGCAGAUCAAGCUUCAUCCUGUUGCUGAAUGCGCUGAGCAGGCUGGCUGCUUGUAUCAAAACUGAACAAAUUCUUGUGUGUACAUAAUCAUAAGGGGAUACAAGAAAGUCACCUUUCAAGGUUGCUUUGUAAUUUGAAGAUCCCCUGACAUUCUUUUGUUUUGGAACAAAAAUUCAUCCAAAUGUGUAUUUAGCUUUACCAUUAUUUAAAGAAAAUUUUGAGUUGUGUUAUGCCUAUUUACAC